CCUUCCACGAUGGCUACUGAAGAGUCCAUAGUUUCUCCUACAGGGAUGGUGAUCAACGAGCCUACAUUUCCAAACGUCGCAGGCGACUCUGCACCGAAGAAGGGGAGCACAACAAUCAACUUCCCCACAUCAGCAUCUUCUACGCCUACACACAUCUCCGAACAUGAUCUUACACAGUCUGAUGCAGCAGAAGCGCCUUCCAAGACAAAAACACAAGAAGUCUCGGCACCGCGACGUCUACAGGAACGCUCCGCGACUGAGCGACCGAAGCCCUCUACACAACAUUCACUGCUCAGAAACCUACCAACUUCUCGCAGAGAACGCCCAGCGCCAGUCCAACGACAAACCACCAUCACCUUCGAUCACAGCUCAUCCGACUCAGACUCCUCAGAGGAUGAACAAUACCCAGCGAAGAGCACGAGUCGCGACGAGACAGUGCAGAGACAAGAGUCUCAAACACACUCGCGAAGCGGGCGACGGUCAUCGACAAUGAAUCCAUUUGCUCGAUUCAAAGUCUCCAAUGAGCACUUCCAGACCAAGGGAUCUGUUAAGAGCGAUGGCCGUCUGAAGCUAAGCAUACUGGAGGAGGACAUGGGCAGCGGCUACAUCGCGAAAGCUUUGGGUGCUAUGAUACAUAAGCAUGGCAAAGAUGACGGCUCGCAAACGGUGCAGUCGUAUGAUGCAUGGGGCGGGAACACCGGGAAGAUUGCGCCAGACGAAGAUGAGAUGGAGCACGACCCGUCCCGGCGCCUGAGAUUGAACAUCGUGAUCAUCAUAAUCGGGUCUAGAGGAGACAUCCAACCGUUCAUUCGCAUUGGCAAGAUCCUAAAAGAGGAUUACGGUCAUCGUGUCCGCAUCGCAACCCACCCAGCAUUCAAAGACUUUGUGCAGAAUGAUUCUGGUUUGGAGUUCUUCUCUGUGGGAGGCAACCCAGCUGAGCUGAUGGCCUUCAUGGUGAAGAACCCAGGUCUGAUCCCGAACAUUGAUACCAUCAAGGGCGGAGAAAUCGGUCGCCGCAGAGCGCAGAUGUAUGAGAUGUUUCAGGGCAUGUGGCGCGCAUGUAUCAAUGCUACAGACGACGAGACCGAUCACACGAAUGCGAAGAUGAUGGGAGAUAAGGCUCCCUUCGUUGCGGACGCGAUUAUCGCAAACCCUCCCAGCUUCGCACCUGCCCACAUUGCUGAGAAACUGGGUAUACCACUUCACAUGAUAUUCCCGUACACCCCUACAGUACAAUUCCCGCAUCCGCUUGCAAACAUAAAGGUCAGCAACGUCGAGCCCUCGUACAGCAACUUCAUGUCUUAUCCCCUCGUCGAGAUGAUGAUGUGGCAAGGCCUUGGAGAUUUGAUCAACCGCUUUCGAACCCAGGUCCUUCAUUUGGAGGACAUCAGUACGUUGUGGGCACCUGGACAGCUCUACCGAUUGAAAGUGCCAUACACGUACAUGUGGUCCCCAGGGAUCAUUCCUAAGCCUAAAGAUUGGGGACCAGAGAUCGAUGUCACUGGGUUCGUCUUCCUCGACCUUGCGUCAAACUUUACGCCGCCGGACGACCUAAAGAAGUUCCUCGAUGAAGGCGAUGCCCCAGUGUAUAUCGGUUUCGGUUCCAUUGUGGUGGACGAUCCUGACAAGUUCACAAACUUGAUCUUCGAAGCCGUCAAGAUGGCCGGUGUACGCGCAUUGGUUUCUAAGGGUUGGGGUGGGUUUGGAUCGAACUCAGACUGCCCGGAUAACGUCUUUAUGCUGGAAAAUACUCCUCACGACUGGCUGUUUCCGAGAUGCAAAGCAGUCGUGCAUCAUGGAGGUGCCGGUACUGCUGCUAUCGGACUCAAGUGCGCGAAGCCGACCAUGAUCGUCCCUUUCUUUGGUGACCAGCCUUUUUGGGGUGCUAUGGUAAGCAAAGCUAAAGCGGGGGCGCACGAGUGCAUACCCUACAAGAACCUGACCGCGGAGCGACUGGCCGAAGGCAUCAAACAGUGCCUCACAGAAGAAGCGCAAAAGAAUGUACAGAAGAUUGCAGACAGCAUUGAGGCUGAGGGAGACGGUGCUUUGAACGCUGUGCGUUCGUUCCACCGAAGUUUACCACUGCAUGGAGAUGGCAGCAUGCGCUGCGACUUUCUAGACAACCGCGCAGCAACGUGGAAGAUCAAGAACACCAACGUCAAGCUCUCUGCCCUUGCAGCUGAGAUUCUGGUCAACAAGAAGAAGCUUAAGUGGAACGAACUUCGACUGAUCCGACACUACGAGUGGAACGACUUUGGCGGCCCAGGCGAACCAGUUACAGGACUUUGGGGCAGUAUUUACACGACCUUAACAGACGCUGCACUGGGUGUGGGUUCUGUUCCCGUUGAGAUGGGCAAGAGCCUGAAGAAGCGUGAAAGGCUAUGGGAGAAGAAACGUCAGCACCAGAAGAAGAGGCAACAGAAGAAGGAGAUUUUGGCAAGAGCGAAUGCUGAGUUGGAAAAAGAGAAGAAGACCUCUGCCGAGCAGCAUGUCGCAAAGAAAGAAGAAAAGCAGAGCGGUGGCAGACCCAAGCCGGAACGCGAAGAGUCCACCUGGUCGAAAUUGACCGAACCGGAAGAGACGCUAAACGAAGAACUCGCACACAAAGCAGCCUUCGGAUUCAGGAAGACUGGCCAUGCGCUUGCACGAUUCCCUAUGAACGUUACCCUUGCGCUGACGCAAGGCUUUCACAACGCGCCACGACUGUAUGGAGACGAGACCGUUCGACGUCCGCCAAGAGUCACAGGACUACACUCAGGUCUUCGCGCUGGUCGCGAUGAGCUAGUCUAUGGCGUCACAGAUGGUAUUAAGGGCAUCGUCACACAGCCAAUCCGUGGUGCGAAAGAGCGUGGGGUUAUGGGUGCUGUACGGGGUGUGGGCUUCGGUAUCGGUGGCUUUGUACUCAAAGACAUCGCAGCCCUGCUUGGACCAGGAGCUUACCUCAUGAAAGGCCUCGACGCUGAGUAUAUGAAGAAGUAUCAGCCUACAGUCUUCAUCCGCCGCGGCCGCAUCCAACAAGGCCAAUUGGAAUUGCAGCAGCUCGAGCACAAGACCCGCGUCACCCACAUCAGAGAAGCAGAGGGUAAGGACGUUAAGGUCAGAGAGAACCGCGACGAAGUCGAAGAUAACGUUGCUAUUCGAUGGGCCGCCCUGAAACAAGCCAUUGCGGAAGAAAAGAAGCAUAACAAGAAAGGCAUCAUCGCCUCGCUCACCGGUACUGGCGAGAAAAAAGCAGGCACGAUGGUCCCACGCAAGAGCACUUCUGUCAAGAAACCUUCAAACGCAAACAAACCACAGUCCAAGUCCGCCACCACGCCUGUCGCAAAGACAGAGACAGAAUGCAAAGGCAGAAACAGCAAAGACUACGAUCAGAUCAAGAAGAGAUUCGACACGCACCACCGACGCGGCGCUACGCUGAAUCGCAGCAGUACAGAACCUCUCGCAAUGCGCAGCUGGGACGACAGCAAAGUGUCAAGGCCCGCGAAAGCUGAGCAGAAGGACAAACCAAGGAGCACCCACGAAGAGCCGGAGUUCGAAGAAACGCAUGUUCUGGGUAAUGCGCAUCUCGAAGGCGACGCCGAGAGCGAUGAAGAUGAGAACAGACACGACCCUGUGCCCAGCGCUCCUAGGGCUGAGGCUGAGCCUAAGCGUGCAUCGACUGUGAAGGAGCAGAGUGGUCAGGCGCUGGGGCCUGGAGAGAGCACGUCUCCGGACUCGAGCUCGGAGCGCACCAAGGUUGGCACUGAGACGACAGAUUGGGUGAAGAUGAGGAUGGAUGCUGAGGAGAGGGAAGGGCUGAGGACUGCGCAGGUGUAA